AGCCCCUUCCCCCCUUCUCUGUCACCGCCUUCUGAUUUCCUAGUAUCUUCCAAAUUCUCUUACUCUACUUAGAAACUUUAUUUAAGCUUUUGUUAAGAAAGUUUUAGACUUAAUAUCAGACAGGAAGAUCGAUACAUACCUAUACCCAUUAGACCAUCACCCACCAUUUCCUUUCUCUAAAGGGAAUAGAGAUGCAGGGCUUGCAUCUUUUCAUUGUCUCCUGCCUCGCAUUACUUGCCUUUUCUUCCCAAAGUUCAAUUGCAUUUGCAGGGGAUAUCUUAACUCUGAAUCAAUCAAUCAGAGAUGGGCAAAGUCUCGUUUCUUCCGGUGGAACUUUCGAAUUAGGAUUCUUCAGUCCCACCAAUUCCAACAACAGAUACUUGGGGAUAUGGUACAAGAAGAUUCGUGACCAAACUAUUGUUUGGAUUGCAAACAGAGACGAUCCCAUUACAGAUUCAUCUGGUGUUCUAAAGCUUUCCAAAGAUGGGAAUCUCGUCCUCUUAAAUCAAUCCCAAACUCUGGUUUGGUCUACGAAAUCGUCCAAGGCAGAGAACCCAGUUGCUCAAAUCUUAGACUCGGGGAAUCUGGUUAUCAGGGAAGGAAAGGACGAAGAUCCCAAGAAUUCUCUGUGGCAGAGCUUCGAUUACCCAAUUCAUACUUUAUUGCCAGGAAUGAAAUUGGGGUGGAACUUGAGAACCGGUUUGGAUCGGGUUCUGACGUCGUGGAAGAGCGAAAGUGAUCCUUCCACUGGGAUCUAUAAGUUUGGGGUAGAUAGUCGUGGAUCCCCACAGCCGUUUAUCUGGAAGGGAAUGGCUAUAGAGUACAGGAGCGGACAUUGGAAUGGAUUACAGUUCAGUGCGGUCCCAGAAAUGAAAUCCGAUAACAUUAUGAACUACAGCUUCACCUCAAAUUCAGACGAGUUGUAUUACUCGUUUUCAGUGGAGAACGAUUCUGUGCUUUCGAGGUUGUUGAUGAAUCCAUUUGGUCUUCUUGAGAGAUAUACAUGGCUCAACGACGACAAAAGUGUAAGCUGGAAUCGUUACUGGUUUGCUCCCAAGGAUCAAUGCGACUAUUACAGUGUGUGUGGGGCUUAUGGUAUAUGCGACGCCAGUGCUUUCUGCAAGUGCCCGAGAGGCUUCAAACCGAGGGAUAAUCAGAGCUGGGUAAUGAGAAAUGGGUCUGGUGGGUGUGUUCGUAAAACACAGUUUGAUUGCCGGAAGGGAGAUGAUGGGUUUUUGAAGUUGCAGGGUAUGAAGCUCCCAGACACUUCCAUGGCGUUUGUGAAUGAGAGUAUGAAUCUUCAAGAAUGUGAAGUGGCUUGCCGGAGGAACUGUUCGUGUACGGCUUAUGCGAACUCAAAAGUGACGGGUGGAGGGAGUGGUUGCUUAUACUGGACUGGUGAGCUUAUCGAUCUCCGGGUUUAUUCCGCCGGCGGCCAAGAUCUCUACCUCCGGCUGGCGGCUUCCGAGUUAGCAAAUAGCCAAGACUCAGGUACCCAAUCGAGCAAAAGGAAGCGAUUAACAGUUGGACUUAGUGUCGCGGUCUGUGUGAGUGUCCUUCUAUUGGCAUUCAGUGGCUGUUUCCUAUGGAAGAGAAAGACAGAUCGAGCUGUGUUGAGUAGGAAGACAGAGCAAAGAGUUUCUAGGGAGAAAAACCAAAGCAAACAAUUGCUUGACUUAGUUCUAUCAAGUGGGAGAGACUACUACUCAGGUGAAUAUAACAAAGACGACAUAGAGUUGCCUCUAUUCGAUUUUUCUACUAUUGCAAUUGCGACAGAUAACUUCUCCGAAACAAACAAGCUUGGAAAAGGUGGUUUUGGUACUGUUUAUAAGGGUAUGUUGGAGGGGCAGGACAUAGCUGUGAAGAGGCUGUCAAAGAAUUCAGGGCAAGGAGUAGAAGAAUUCAAGAAUGAGGUUAUGCUAAUUGCAAAACUUCAACACAGGAAUCUUGUUCGGCUUCUAGGUUCUUGUAUUGAUGGUGAAGAGAGAAUGUUGAUCUAUGAGUACAUGCAAAAUAGAAGCUUGGAUUCUCUGCUUUUUGACGAUGGAAAAUCUUCAUCCCUGGAUUGGCCAAAUCGCUUCCAAAUUAUCGGGGGAAUUGCUAGAGGGAUUCUCUAUCUUCACCAAGACUCCAGAUUUAGAAUUAUCCAUAGGGAUCUCAAAGCAAGCAAUGUUCUACUGGAUGGUAAGAUGAAACCCAAAAUUUCAGACUUUGGAAUGGCAAGAAUUUUUGGAGGGGAUGAAACUGAAGCAAAUACAAGGAGAGUAGUAGGAACAUAUGGUUACAUGUCGCCUGAAUAUGCAAUGGACGGAGUCUUCUCGGUGAAAUCUGAUGUUUUCAGCUUCGGCGUUCUGGUGUUGGAGAUUGUAAGUGGCAAGAAGAACAGAGGAUUUUAUUAUGUUAACUGCGAGCUCAAUCUUCUUUCAUAUGCAUGGAAACUAUGGAGAGAAGGCAGAGGCUUGGAACUGAUGGAUGAAUCAAUGAAGGAUUCAUGUUCCACAGGUGAAGUAUUGAGAUGUAUACAGGUUGGCCUCUUGUGUGUGCAAGAACGCCCAGAAGAAAGGCCAACUAUGUCAUCUGUGGUUUUGAUGUUGAGUAGUGAAACUGUGACAAUGCCUCAACCGAAACGCCCUGGCUUUGGCGGCGAAAGGAGUCCUUUGGAUACAGAUGAAUCUUCUAAGCUAGAGUCAUGUACUGUAAACCAAAUGACGAUUACAGUUAUAGAAAGCAGAUGACAGUUUACAGAAGUUAGUGUUCUUAUCUAUCUCAAAAUCAAACUUGUUACUUAUCCCAAGUCAGAGAUUCGAAGGCAUAAACUGUAUAUAUUGAAGAAUUGGGAGAAGUUCACAAUUUCAACAAAGUUGCUGAUGCGUCAGUUAGAGAGUGAGUGAUUAAGAAGCAUAGAUUACCUUAUUCCCUAUAGAUUCAGGAUUGGCAAAAAGAAAUAGAAGUGUGGAGAAGUGUAUAUUUUUUUUAUGUGCAUUGUCUGCAAUUGAGAGUUGGGAUGAUCUCUAUGUUAAAUUGUCUUUCUUUCAUGACAAGAGUCAUUUGUAUUCAUUAUAACGAACUUGUUACCUUAAUAGCUCAAAUUUUUUUGAUAAAAUAUUCUCGAGAUGAAAUGAAAAUAUUUGUUAUCCCUUUAUGUGUAA